AUGUCAAAUACGGUGAAUGAUAUGUCCAUUGCUGUUGAUUGUUUAUAUUCAAUUGCUAAUGAUACUAAUCCAUCAUUAGUUCGAAAAGCUACAGUAAAUGAAUGUAGAUUUUCACGAUUAGCUGGUUCACUACUUCUUAUUAUAUCUGUUUUAUCAUUUAUAAUCAAUAUACGUUCAUUACCAAUGAAUAAUAAAAAAAAUCGUUUACCUCGUCGCGAUAUAGGUCUUGUUAUUGGUAUGUUUGCAUCAUCAUUAUGUGUCAUAGUUAUUAGUGUACCAUCAGUUGUUGCACAAUGUUUUCUUUGUCGUCGUUUAUGUAUACCAUUAAUUUGUCGAAUAGAAGGUUUCAAUUCAUUUUUCAAUGGUUGUUUUACAAUGUAUAUGCUUGUUGCAUUAUCAAUUGUACGAUAUGCAACAACAGCUAAUUCAUCAAUGUCAAUACAAUUUCAACGACGACUUGAAAAACAUAGUUGGCAUCUUGUUGCUAUUUGCUUUAUUUUGGGUGGUCUUUGGGCUGUCCCACCAAUAUUUGGUCGUAUGAGUGCUUAUGCUCCUGAAGGACUUGGUUUUCAUUGUGGUCUCGAUUGGUUUGAUCGAUCAUUAGCUGGACGAAUUUAUUUUUUACUUUUAUUUGUCGGUGUUUUUUUUGUACCAAUCAUAGUUGUUAUUUAUGUUAAUGUUUACAUUCAACGUACUAUUUAUCGUUUAACACAUUUGAGACCGGCUGUUUUACUUGAACUUCAACAAAUUCCAAGUGAAGAUACUGUACGACGACAUAUUUCAGAUACAUUAUAUGAAAAAGAAACUCGACGUUUACAUCGUUUACAUGAAGAUCGUCGUUUUGUAUUAGCUACUGGUAUAAGUGUUAUUAUUUAUAUAAUUGCUUGGACACCAUAUAGUGUUGUAGCACUUGCACAAGUAUUUGGUGAUCAAUUUUCUUUAUAUAAUCCAUGGCUUAUGACGACUUGUGCAGUUUUAGCUAAACUUUCAAUGAUUAUAAAUCCGAUUAUUUAUGGAGUUAUACUUAAAGGUCAUAUCAUGAUGAAAUUAACAUUAAAUAUAAAAUAA